UUUUGAAGUGCAAACCAUAAAUAACUGCAGAAGUGAUACUCAAUUAUGAUUCACCAAACCUGACACAUAAAUGAUAAAUGCUGAAUGAGGCGGUUUAUGUCAUUUUAAGUGCCUCAUCUUGUCUUGGCAAAUAGCUUUGCUACGAUUGACCCUAUUAGGGAAAUUCUGCAGUCACAAAACCAAAGGUAAUGUACAUGAAGUGGUAACUGUCAAAUGGUGUAGUGCUGCAGUGGCGUUGAGAAGUCUCAGCUGCGAAUGUAUGGGAAAUUACCGAGAGCCUUGAAUGUAGCAUGAGUACAACUGCGCAGUUCAGGGACUGCUGCUUGCCUGCGCUUCAUCGAAAACUUGUGCCAGAGCUCCAGAUUAAAGGACGGCUGUGCUCCACCGGCUGUUUCUCUGGCUGCGGUCCCGUCCUCUUUCCAGGGCAGAGCUACACUGUGUUGGAAAAUAAGUACAUUUGUUUGUCUUUUCUGUCUGAACUAUCUCUGUACACUCCUUUGCUCAGAUGUCUACUGCACUGAGUCUGCGUCUUCUAAACUGCUACUCAAAGCAAGGCACAUUUGGAUCCAUCCCUGGUGCUGUGCGCACAUUCAGUAUCAGUAUGCAGAGAGAGGGCUAUAAGUAUGUAAAUGCUCAGGAGCUUCCAACUGACUUGAGAUCCAUCACUGAUCGGGCUGCUACAACCCUCCUUUGGACUGAGCUCUUCAGAGGUUUGGCCAUGACUAUGAGCUACCUGUUCCGUGAACCUGCCACCAUCAACUACCCAUUUGAGAAGGGACCUCUGUCACCACGCUUUCGUGGAGAGCACGCCCUCCGCCGCUAUCCGAAUGGAGAGGAACGCUGCAUUGCCUGUAAACUAUGUGAGGCUAUCUGCCCUGCUCAGGCCAUUACUAUUGAGGCAGAGACUCGAGCUGAUGGCAGCAGGAGAACCACUCGCUAUGACAUUGAUAUGACCAAGUGCAUUUACUGUGGUUUCUGCCAGGAAGCUUGUCCUGUUGAUGCCAUUGUUGAGGGCCCAAACUUUGAGUUCUCCACAGAAACCCAUGAGGAGCUCCUCUAUAACAAGGAAAAGCUGCUCAACAAUGGAGACAGAUGGGAGGCAGAGAUAGCAGCCAACAUACAAGCAGACUAUCUUUACAGAUAGAUUUUCAAAUUUAUCUGCUCCCCGUAAAGAUGCUCAUAAAUAACACAUCUUGUCAUGUUUAUAUGCAUUAAACAGAUUGCUUUAUGUAGUUUUACAGUGAAAAAAGCAAUGAGUUAAUAAGCAGGGAAGCCUUGCAGCCUCAUGUUCUGCUGACAGAACUCAGGGCAAAUAUAAACACGCACAAACUGUAUGUCUUAUGUUGUAAAGGCAGGUGAUAUGAAAGUUUUUGAAGGCGAAUUUGCACAGUCUAUACGCACAGUCUGUUAGACACCAUUUAUGACACAUUAAGGACAUUUUAUCUGACUGUAUGGGUUGAAUGUUUAUGAAAGAGUGUAAUGUUUCUGUGUAUCAUCAGUAUACUGAAAUAAAGCUUAUUUUAGCACUA